AUGCCGCAUGGAUGUAGCAGAGAUACCUUCUUAGCCAACAACGGGAACAUAUCAAGUGACUUCUUCCGUAUGAGCUCCUUUAAACUCCUAGGAUUUCUUGAUGUUAAAAGUGUCCCGUGUGCACGAGAAUCAGUGCUCUAUGGCUCCCUGGGAUCUUUAGUUGUGGGUCUUGGACAUUUUUUAGCAACUAGUAGAGUUAGAAGAUCUUGUGACUUUGCAGUCGGUGGCUUUAUUUGCACAAUGUUAGGAUACUGGUUUUACUGCAGGUACAACUUGGCCCAACACAGGAUCCGGCAAAGAAUGCUUAGAGAAGGAAUGAGAAACAAAAUUUUAUUUGAAGGCAGUUCUCUUGAUCCAUCAAGCAAACAAACUGGCAAUGAAAGAAGCGAUUCAUAGUCUGCUAUGGAGGAAUCUGUGGUCUAAUACAGCUUUGGGAGAAGGUGGUCCAAAAAUGGCAGUCUUCCCUGUAAAUGUGUGAGGUGCCUAAAACUGAUAAAUUGUGCUGGUUUUUCUAACAAAUCCAAGUGAGAAACUGAUAGUGAAUCUGUUGAGUCAGUAUACAAGCCUUUCUUUUUCCAUGUAUGUAUGUAUGUAUGUACUAUGUACACAGUUAGGAAUGACC